GGGCGGGCGGGAGCGUGGCGGAGGAGAGGGCAGGCAGCGGCGGGAAGGCGGGAGCGGGGCUGCCCCGGUGCCCGCCCCGCGCGGGGGGCCGGCCCCUGAGUGCAUGCGGGGCGCCCCGCCGGGCCGCCGCCGGCCCGCCGCCGCCCGCCGCCCCUGAGACACCGGCGGGGAGAAAGUUGCGGCGGUCGCCCACAUGCGCGGCCCCGGCCGGCGGCUUGGGGAACGGCGCCGAGCGGAGGUGGGCGAAGAGAGUUUGAAGCGCUCGCCGGCGGGAAGAUGGCGGAGCGGAGCUGAGAGCGGCGCCCGGCGAGCUCGGGCCGCCCCCGCCUUCCUCCGCAGCCCCCCGGACCCCCGCCGGACACAUGCAGGCCAAAAAACGCUACCUGACGCUGCUCUCCGCCGGCACCUGUCUCGCCCUGCUGCUCUACCUGGGAGGCGUGCGGCUGCGGGCGGCCCGGCACCCCGCGCCCGGUAGCCGGCAUGGCCCGCCCCCGCGCCCCGGCGCCGAGCGGCCCUGGCCCCGCUUCCCCGACGCCCUGCGGCCCUUCGCGCCCGCCGAGCGGCCGGGCCCCGAGGGCGGCGGCGGGCGCGUCUCCCCCCGGCAGCGGCGGGACGCCAGCGCCGGCCUGUACCGCGGGCGCCGCUGCCGCAUGGAGUCCUGCUUCGACUUCGCCCAGUGCCGGAAAAACGGCUUCAAGGUCUACGUGUACCCGCAGCAGAAGGGGGAGAAGAUCGCCGAGAGCUACCAGAACGUCCUGGCCGCCAUCGAGGGCUCCCGCUUCUACACCUCCGACCCCGGGCAGGCCUGCCUCUUCGUCCUCAGCCUGGACACGCUGGACCGGGACCAGCUCUCCCCCCAGUACGUGCACAACCUCCGCUCCAAGGUGCAGAGCCUCCACUUGUGGAACAACGGCAGAAACCACCUGAUUUUUAAUUUAUACUCUGGCACCUGGCCCGACUACACGGAGGAUGUGGGGUUCGACAUCGGCCAGGCCAUGCUGGCCAAAGCCAGCAUCAGUACUGAAAACUUCAGACCCAACUUUGACGUUUCUAUCCCGCUCUUUUCUAAGGAUCAUCCUAGGACAGGAGGGGAGAAGGGAUUUUUGAGGUUUAACACCAUCCCUCCUCUCAGGAAGUACAUGUUGGUAUUCAAGGGGAAAAGGUACCUGACGGGGAUAGGGUCAGACACCAGGAAUGCCUUAUAUCACGUCCAUAACGGAGAGGAUGUUGUCCUCCUGACCACCUGCAAGCAUGGCAAAGACUGGCAAAAGCACAAGGAUUCGCGCUGCGAUCGAGACAACGCUGAAUACGAAAAGUAUGAUUACCGUGAAAUGCUGCACAAUGCCACUUUCUGUCUGGUUCCCCGUGGCCGCAGGCUUGGCUCUUUCAGGUUUCUGGAAGCUUUGCAGGCCGCCUGUGUCCCGGUGAUGCUCAGCAACGGAUGGGAGCUGCCCUUCUCGGAAGUGAUUGAUUGGAACCAAGCUGCCGUCAUAGGCGAUGAGAGAUUGUUAUUACAGAUUCCUUCUACAAUCAGGUCUAUCCAUCAGGAUAAAAUCCUAGCACUUAGACAGCAGACACAGUUCUUGUGGGAGGCUUAUUUUUCUUCAGUUGAGAAGAUUGUAUUGACUACACUAGAGAUUAUUCAGGACAGAAUAUUUAAGCACAUAUCACGUAACAGCUUAAUAUGGAACAAACAUCCCGGAGGGUUAUUUGUACUGCCACAGUAUUCCUCAUAUCUGGGAGAUUUUCCUUACUACUAUGCUAAUCUCGGUCUGAAGCCUCUUCCCACAUUCACUGCCGUUAUCCACGCAGUAACUCCCCUGGUUUCCCAAUCUCAGCCUGUGCUGAAACUCCUGGUUGCUGUAGCCAAGUCCCAGUACUGUGCACAGAUUAUUGUUUUAUGGAAUUGUGAUAAACCCCUCCCAGCCAAACACCGCUGGCCUGCCACUUCUGUGCCUGUCAUAGUCAUUGAAGGAGAAAGCAAGGUUAUGAGCAGUCGCUUCCUACCCUACGACAACAUCGUGACAGAUGCAGUGCUGAGCCUGGAUGAGGACACCGUGCUCUCCACCACUGAGGUGGAUUUUGCCUUUACAGUUUGGCAAAGUUUUCCAGAGAGGAUCGUAGGGUAUCCUGCUCGCAGUCACUUCUGGGACAACACUAAGGAGAGGUGGGGGUACACCUCCAAAUGGACUAAUGACUAUUCCAUGGUAUUGACAGGAGCUGCUAUUUACCACAAAUAUUAUCACUACCUGUACACUCAUUACCUGCCUGCCAGCCUAAAGAAUAUGGUGGACCAACUGGCCAAUUGUGAGGACAUUCUAAUGAAUUUUUUGGUGUCGGCUGUGACAAAAUUGCCUCCAAUCAAAGUAACACAGAAAAAACAGUAUAAGGAGACCAUGAUGGGACAGACGUCCCGGGCCUCGCGCUGGGCCGACCCCGACCACUUCGCCCAGCGGCAGAGCUGCAUGAACACUUUCGCCAGCUGGUUUGGCUAUAUGCCGCUGAUCCACUCUCAGAUGAGGCUCGACCCUGUCCUCUUUAAAGACCAGGUCUCCAUCCUGAGGAAGAAGUACCGGGACAUUGAACGACUCUGAGGAGCGCUGCCGAGGGGGCCGAGCCGCCCCUGCCCCGCGUGGCCGCCGUGCCGGGAGCCAGACUGUGCCGCCGGCAGCAAGCGCCCGACAUGGCGCCGGACUGCGCCGGGCCCCGGCAGGCUGCUGCCGCCCCAGAAUAGGUCGUGUACAGUUUCAUUAUGGAACAUUAAAUAAUUAUUUUUGAAAUGAUUGCUAUGCAGGUUUAAACUUUUUUAAUGAUCAAAAAAAAAAACCUAUUAAAAACAGAGUUCUUUCUUUAAUCAAAAUUGUGUUGUUGUGAAUAUUUCAAAGCUGCCGUUUCUUUCUUUCAUGCAUUUGAUUGUCAUUGCAAUUUUCAUUCAUUUUCCCCUGGAAAGUUAAACACUUGAAUCUCAAGGGGAGAAAAUGCAGCAGGUUCAGAAACAAACUGAGCACAAUCAGGACAGAGCCCAAGUAUUAACCUUCCUCAUUUACUGCUGACUUUUAAUUCUUUUUUUUUCCCAGUUUUCCCCAGGCCGGUAGCAGCCACUAUGGCAAAGCUCCUCUGAACGGACGGAAAACUGGAGAACCCCCAGCAUGCCAGAGGGAAGCACAGAUCCUUCUGCCUGGGGACCCUGUUUUUAAAGGCGAUGAGCCUGGCCUCGCUGGGGAGAGGAACGUCCCUGCCGAGGGGCACACUGGGGACCUGGCAGCAGAGACACAUCCCAGUGGCCCUGGGCACCGCAGGGGCCAUCAGCACAGCGGCCACAUGUGGCCUCAGCCUCCGCUGCCUGGGGCUGUGGCGGCUGAAUUUCUAGAAAUAGCUUUGGUUUGAGGGCAAAAGGAGUGUGGGUGAAAAAAAGAAAGCAUGUUAGUGCUCUCGGUGCAGGAGUUUGGCCUGUAACAAAUUGGUUUAUAUGAAAUCAAAGCAUGGGGUUUUUUGGUUUUUUUUUUUAAGCGCAAAUAGGUGGAGAAAUUCCCUCCUGGAGGUCUGACACCUGAAGUUAAGUGCGCGGUCAGACACUGGGUAUCGGUGGCAGCGGGUGCUCCCAGGCGUGCUUGGGGCAGGCUCACUCGGACUAAAAACCUGCCCCUGAAAUACCAGCGUUGCUCAUGCUCCAAAUGGUUUUAUCAUUUCAAAUGGGAGUGGUUUUAAAUUGAAAUAUUCCAGUUGUUCAUUUCUCUGUAGUGCUGUUCUUAUUUAUGUGUUUCUUUCAACUGAAGAAUGAAAACAAAAGCAGUGAUUUUGGUUAGGAAGACACCAUUCCUAUUUGCUAAGAAAAUAAGCACUUUAAAAAUGUUUUGAACUCUAACAUUUUGAUGAGGUGCAGUUGGGGUGCUAUGUAACAAUUGCCACCCCCCAAGAGAAGACCAGCAGGCCUUUCUAUACCUCAUUCCUUGGUAAACAGGCGGUCUGGUAGGAGGCGUGAAGAGUAGCUGCAGUGCUAGGAAGGGUGGACCAGAAUUUUCACCAUUUUCAUUUGGGUUCAGGCACCUAUUUAUUAUGCAGCUUUAAGCAACUCCCACAACUGAGGCAUGCCUCAGUUUCCUCAUUUGUAAAAGCAGCAGUUACUGGUUGUAGAGGGAACGCUGUCAAGCCUAAAAAAUUUCUCUUGCUGAUAAGACCAGAAUUCCAAAGUGGAAGGUUGCUUUAAAAGUGCAAAGUAGAUAUUGCUAAAUGUUUGGAUGCAACCUGACAUGUAGAGUCUUGCAAAGAAUGCUUUGCUUUGCAUAUGUAUUGCAGUAUUUGAACAGAGCACAGCAAGUUAGGGCAGGAGCAUCAGGUUCCUGACAUUUUGUGUUAAAUCUGAACCAAAUAUUUAAAGGAAUCUGCCAAAAUGUAUGAGACUGCAGCAUGUGACUUAUGGUGCUGAAAGGCAGAGGUGCCGCUUUUCCCCCCUAAUUUUGCUCUCCCAACCCCUGGCCACUCAGUCUCACCUCACACCUUCUGCCAUGCUGGUGCUUCUGUGAGUCCAUUUAACUCGCUAAAAUUGCAGUGAUUUAUUGAUUUUUUUAGUGCCAUUUUAGGGAGUUAAAUCAGCAUGUGGAGAGAUUCAUAAAGAGGGAAGGGUUGGUAGGCAGGGCCAGGGAAGGAAGGGGAGCAGGUUAUGGUCCUGUCUUUGUAGGGUAAGCUGCUAAUUCAGCUCCUCACAUCCCAUAAAAACAUGAACCUCACUUCUCUGUGCUCUCAGGUCUGUGCUUGCUGAUCUGUGGGGGAAGGUGAAGUCCCGAGGUUUGAUUUUCUAGGGUGGAUGGCUCAGCAGCUCUCAUGUGGCUUUUUCCUCUUGAAGAUCAGACCGUUCUCUCAGGGACUGGAAUACACCGUCUCCUUAGACUUGGUUUUUGGAGGAUAUGUCAAGCACUGGGUGAGGUUGGCAGGGCUCACACUUUGCUCAUGUCUCCAUUUGCAAUUAAUGGUCUGCAGCCAGCAAGAGGGGCCAGGGAGAGGGAAAGAGGCGACCCUACAAAAACAAGAAUUACAAUUCUCCUUGGGUUUUAGUUAAUGCCAUUUUCGGGCACGUGUGUUGGGUUUUUAGUAAAAAAGGGAGUAGCUAACCAUUUUUGGAGUGCAGUGAGUCAGGCCAAGCUUCGCAGCUCUUUGACAUUCUGUUAUCGUCACUUUUUGGGGCGGCUGAAAGAGACUGUGCUAAAGCUCGCUCCCAGUGUGAUUCGGGGCCCUUUCUCUUUGCAGACCGCUAAUUAAACAAGUAACAAUUAAAGGCUUAGCUCUGGACGGGAUGCGGAUAGGUAGGAGCAUUUCUCUUUGCAGCACGUUACCCGGGCACAGCCGGCUCUCUAGGAAAGAAUGUGCCUCGCGGCCAGUCUUGGGAACGGCCGUCGGGCUCCGUGUCCGUGUCCUGGGGACCCAGGGCAAGAGCUGGAGGCAGAUCCAGCUCAGAGACUCUGUGUGUUAUGCUCCAUGUGGAUGGGCACUGUUGUCCAGCGCUCCCAAGGACACUGGGCAUGAUUCCGAGCCUCCCGUGUGUAUCUGUGUUGGACAGAGCUGUGUUGCUUCCUUAGUGAAUGAAAUCACCCUUUUAUCUCGUCCUACAUGCGACUGAAUGGUUCCUUAUUUUUUUUUUCCUCCCUUCCCUUAAUUCAGAUGGUGCUGAAACAAGGUUCAACUCCUUGUUGCUCCUUUUGUAGCUUUUGUUUUUUUAAUUGUUUUUCAUUAACAGCAGGCUAUGUUAGCCUUUACUUUACAGGUACUUGAAUACCUGAUGACUUGACUGAGUGUUACGCAUGUGGCCUUUCGUAAAGGUUACUGACCUUAAUUUAAUCAGGGGUGAGAUGGAUGGAUGAAUGUGAAUAAAUCCAUGCCAUUAAAACAGAAUAAAAGUAGGGAUUAGAGUUUGGGAGAACUGAUGAUUUUUUAAUUGAAAUUAUUAAAGAAAAUUAAAAAGAAAAAGAAAAAAAGAAACCCUUCCUAGUUACAAUUUGAAUGAGAAGGAGGAGAUAUUCCUAAUGAGAAAAAUGCGACACAACUAUAGGGGCAAACUCCCAAGAUGGAAAGUGCCUGGCUCUCCCUGCAGUCCCUUGGGCCUGGACAAGAUUUUAUUUGCCCUCUUUCUAUUUUGUGAAAAACUCUAAUUAUUACCAUGACUUUUUCUAGAUGUGAAUGUUUAAGCUUCGUAACAAUUUCAUAGUGAACAUGCUGGUGUGCUCAUGCGUGGCUAUCGAGCGCUUUGAUCUUUUCCAUCGGAAAACAUCCUGGAUUUGAUCAAUUUGAGAUUGCAAUUUCUUGUUCAGAGCCAACUUUGACAAAGAAAUAAAUCUUUCACCCAUGAGCGCCUUUUAAAAUAGCUCAUUUACCAAAAGAUAUCAUUUGGAGAAUGAAAGUAAUUGUUCGAUACUGAAACAAUGAAAGAAACAGCUAGCAGUAGACAUGGCGGGGGGUUACAGUAUUUAAGUUCCCAGUGUAAAAUCCAGUGUCCUCCUUUUUCUUGCUCCCCUCACAUCAAAACUACAAGUCCACUCAGUGUUUGUUAUAACGUCUGUAUUGAUUGACAGCAAGUUUAUUAAUUCUUCCAGUGAAACACCCUCUUCCAUCAUGGGAUGGGUUGGUGGUCUCCUCUUUUUUGCCCGCAGGGCUCCGCGGGUCUCAUGGGGGGGCCCAGGGUCUUCCGAGCAGGGACUGGCCCUGCGCAGGGUCUCAGCUGGUGCCCGACAGAAACAAAACCGCAUCUUUCAAAACAUUGCGCAUCUCACCCUUGUUUAAAACUUAAGUCAAGCUGGCCUUUAUACUACUCUUCAUACACGUUUUUUAAGUUGGAGUUAAAUUAGGGGGGGCUAUGGGACUCGUCAUAUGCUUUUGGAUGCUCCCUCCCACAAUUUCAUAAUAUUUUUAGUGACUAUUUCGCAGUGGAUUAGUGAUGAUCCAAUGGGCCUUGCGACCUUGUACAUACUCCUGUAUAUUUAUUUUGAGAGAAAAUAUGUAUAGUGUUUGGAUUAUGAGAACGGAAACCUGAAAUGGAAGUUCUUAGGUGGGCAAAUGUAAAGCAAAAAAGCAAACAAAAAAUACAAUCUUAUUUUGUAUUAAAUGUACAUUUUUGAGAAAAAUAAGUUUCUAAUGCAUUACCAAUGUUUUCAUAGUGCUGCCACAUCUUUUUAAAAGUGUUUCUCCCUCUUUGUUUGACUAUUGACAACAUGGUGCAAUUAAACCUAAAGGAAGUGUGUGAGUGAGAGAAAAAGAGAGAAUGAGAAAUUUAAAAGCCAUAUAAUUUGGUUUUCUUCAUUAACCUGUAUAACAUCAUAGGUUUACCAUCUAAGAUAGGUUGCUUUUAUAGAUAGUGUCACCAAAGACUUUUUUUCUUAAGGUUUAUUUUGAAAAGUUGUUAAUAAAGGACGUACAUUUCUGUU